AUGGAUACUUUAGCCCUUUUGACUUGGGGGCCAUUACUCCAAAUAUCUCCUGAGAGAAAAAUUAGAGAAGGAAAGAAAGGGUUUGAAAGGAAGAGAAGGAAUUCAUCAAGAAGAAAGAUUGGGGAAUUGAGAGGGGUUGUAGGGUUUAAGGCUCAAGGCCCCAUAUCUUAUAAUAACAUUAUAUAUGAACUAGAUGAUGAUGACGAUAAUGAUGGUGAGUAUAAUAUUCAUAAUGAAGAUGAUAUCGUCAAUUCUAAUGAUAUUCCAACCGAAAGAGAUAUUAAGCGUCUAGAUGAAUUAACUGAAAAGGAUGUGUUUGAAAUGACAUUUGAUUUAGAAGAAAACGGAGAAAGAUUUUAUAAUUCGUAUGCUAAGGUGAAAGGCUUUAGUAUUCGAAGGGAUCAGUUGUAUAAGGACAAGAAUAAUAUGGUUAUAUCAAGGAAUUGGGUAUGUUCAAAAGAAGGAUACAGACAAUCCAAAUACCUUGAGGUUAAAGAACGUAAAAGACAACCAAAACAAUUAACUAGAGUUGGUUGUCGUGCUUGUUUUCGUAUCAAAUACAAUCGGAGUACUUCCAAAUAUGAAGUGAAUGAAUUUUUCAAAGAGCACAAUCAUUCCAUGAUAGGGCCUCUUGGUGUUCAAUUUCUUCGCUCACACCGGAAUGUUACGAGUGCCAACAAGGCACAAGGCAAUGCAAUGCAUCAUAUUGGUAUGAGGACAGGUCAUAUUAUGGACUUUGCUGCACAACAAGGUGGUUAUGAGAAUGUUGGGUUCAUAUAG